GUGCUGGUGGUGAUUGGGGGGGGGGGGGGUGUAGAAACAGCCAGAGUUCCAUUUUGGAACGUUCGCGCAGUGUCUCCGCUUUCCAAACCCGUGUCUCCGCGUUCCAAAGCCCCGGUGCAAGGAAAAGACUUUACCAAACGCUGUGAGUGAGGAAAACUCUUCAGAUCUCUGACGCACUGGUAUCCCCAGAGUCAAAUCGUAGAAGAUUCCCAGGAUGUAAGCAAUACAGCACCAAUAUAAUGUGGUCUGAUGUGUUUAGUGGAUGAAGCUGACAGGAAUCAUUUUCUGAGCUGAAAUCCUUUCGAAAACAUAAACGCCAGACUCGAACAUUUGAAGGAAGCCAAAGCCAUUUCAAAAGCAAAGUCCUUCUGGAUCAUUCCCCACGCUUUACUGCCCCACCCAACUUAAGUAAAAUAAGACAUUUCACACCAGACAGAUACUAUGGCAAGCAAGAGGAAAUCAACAACCCCCUGUAUGGUCCGCGCAUCCCAGGUGGUGGAACAGGAAGUCCCCGAGGAUGUCGACAGAGGCAAAGAUAAAGAAGUCGGAGCUCCCCAGCCUGACUCUGGUAAGGAAGGCUGGACCGCAGAGCCCGAAAACUCUUCCAAAGAAAGUGAGCUGAUGGAGGUGAAGUCGGCAGCGGAGAGCCAGUCCAAAAAACUCCAGGGGGGCUACGAGUGCAAAUACUGCCCCUACUCUACCCAAAACCUGAACGAAUUCACGGAGCACGUGGACAUGCAGCAUCCCAACGUGAUCCUGAACCCGCUCUACGUGUGCGCGGAGUGCAACUUCACCACCAAAAAGUACGACUCCUUGUCCGACCACAACGCCAAGUUCCACCCCGGGGAGACAAACUUCAAGCUGAAACUGAUAAAGCGCAAUAACCAAACUGUGUUAGAGCAGUCCAUCGAAGGCUCCGGCCACGGCACGGCCAUCGGCGGCCUGGCGAGCAGCGACGGCGACCCCAGCAUUCCUGUCAGCAAGACGCCCAUCAUGAAACUGGGGAAGCCCAAAGCCGACACCAAGAAGGCGCCCAGGAAGCCAGAAGAAAGCGGUUCCGAUAACCACGUGGAAGGGAGCGCCGCCGCCCGGGUGGUGACGGAAGCCGCCGAGGCUUUCGCGAGACUCAACGGCAUUGAGCUGCUCCAGGACUCGCUAGGGCACGUGAUGCCUUCUGUACAGCUACCACCAAAUAUUAACCUUGUCCCCAAGGUCCCUGUCCCAUUGAAUAGUACCAAAUAUAACUGUGCCCUGGACACCAAUGCCACCAUGAUUAACUCCUUCAACAAGUUCCCUUACCCGACCCAGGCAGAACUGUCCUGGCUGACCGCUGCCUCCAAGCACCCCGAGGAGCACAUCCGAAUCUGGUUCGCCACCCAGCGCCUGAAGCACGGGAUAAGCUGGUCUCCGGAGGAGGUGGAAGAGGCGCGGAAGAAGAUGUUUAAUGGCACGAUCCAGUCGGUCCCCCAGACCAUCACUGUGCUGCCCGCCCAGUUGGCAUCCACGAAGAUGUCCCAGCCCAUCAUCCAGACUGCUCUGCCCUGCCAAAUCCUUGGCCAGACCAGCCUGGUCCUGACCCAAGUGACCAACGGAUCGACGGUUUCCUGCUCCCCCAUCACGCUCGCUGUCGCGGGGGUCACCAACCACGGCCAGAAGAGACCUUUACCAAAUCUCCAAGCAGCUCCAGAGCCCAAGCGGGCCCACGUGGCCCAGGUUCCCGAGCCCCCACCAAAGGUAACCCCCACCAUAUUGCCCACGACAAAUGAUCGGAAAAAGACAAAAGAGCAGAUAGCUGAACUGAAAGCAAGUUUCCUCCAGAGUCAGUUCCCCGACGAUGCAGAAGUCUACCGGCUCAUCGAGGUCACCGGCCUCGCCCGGAGUGAGAUCAAGAAAUGGUUCAGCGACCACAGAUACAGGAGCCAAAGGGGCAUCGUCCAUAUCACCAGUGAGUCCCUCGCCAAAGACCAGCUGGCCAUCGCGGCCGCCAGACACGGACGUUCCUACCACGCGUAUCCAGACUUUGCCCCGCAAAAAUUCAAAGAAAAAACCCAGGGUCAGCUCAAAGUUCUGGAAGAUAGUUUCAUGAAAAGUUCUUUCCCCACUCAAGGAGAACUGGAUCGUCUCAGAUCAGAAACCAAGCUGAGCAGGAGAGAAAUCGAUACCUGGUUUUCAGAGAGGAGGAAGCUUAGGGACAGCAUGGAGCAAGCCGUCUUAGACUCCAUGGGAUCCAGCAAAAAAGGCAAGGAAGCGGCGGUCCCCAACGGGACCUUAUCUCGGCUGGACCAGCUCUCCAGCGCCCAGCUGGCCGGCUCUCUCUCCAGCCCCUCCCCAGCGAUGAUGAAGAACCAGGAGCAGAUCCACCUCCUGAAGAGCACGUUUGCAAGAACCCAGUGGCCCACCCCGCAGGAGUAUGACCAGCUCGCAGCAAAAACGGGUCUAGUCAGAACUGAAAUUGUGCGCUGGUUUAAGGAGAACAGGUGCUCGCUAAAGACCGGAACCUUAAAGUGGAUCGACCAGUACCAGCAGCAGCACGCUGCGGACAGCCACGGCAGCGAGUCCGUGCUGAGAAAGGGAGCGCCCCACCUCGCGGAAAGCCCGAAGAACGGGGGCGAGAUGGUGCAGCAGUACUUUAAGGACCACAAAAAGCUGAGCGAAGAGGAUCUGGACAAACUGGUGACCAGGGCAAAAGUGGGUUGCGAAAAGACCAAAGACUCCUUGCCGGGCAAGACAACAGAGGCCGCCUCGGACAGAUCUGAAGAGAAACCAGUCAGACCUACUAUCCCGAUCAUCAGUGGGGCUCCGUCUGUGAAGAGAGCAGAGAAAUUCACUCUUCCUGCCUUUGGACAAGACCGCCAAGGACCGCUAACUCCAAGCUGAGCUGCUCUGGGGUCUGCCUUUCCACGGCCUCCACCCCCGGCAAGCACUCAUCCGAUGGAAUUGUUCAUAGUGCCAAAGUCCUACUACUGCAUUUUCAAAGGGUCCUUGUAAAUAGAUUGCUCCUCCUUCCCCUCCCCACCCACCCUACUCUCACGCCCCCAACUUCUUGCGAUACUGGAAUUGAUUUGUACAACGUGGCCAUUUUGUUACCUUUUUGAAUCGGCUCCAGUUGCUUUUACAGAUCAUAUGCUUGCAAGGUUUUUGGGGGGGAGGCUGGUAAUGUGUGCUUUUCUUUUUUCUUUUUUUUCCCCUCUUUUUUUUUCUUGUUUUUGUUUUUAGAAUUAGCAACCACUAUAUCUGCAUCUGGGUUUUGGAGGGAUUCUCAUGAUUUUGUUUCAUUUUUUAAACCUAGUUUGGAAUGGGGGAGAUUUCCAACGGGGUGUGCAGAGAAGUCUCCUUUUAGUUUACCCCAGAGGUAGCUUAUAAUCAGAGCAGCCUCAGACCCAGACUUAGCCCCCUUUCCUUCCCAGCUGUUUGCAUGGGACUCCCUGCUGUAAGCUCUCCAUAAAAGGCUUUCUGCACUGCUGGGAGCGGGGGCUGAUUGCCUAACUACUGUAUGUCCCUAGCCACGCUCUUGGCCCAGCGAGCAUCCCGAGAGCUGCAUGGCAUGCACCUGUCCUUUUAAAGCACCUUUUUAUAUAAAAGGAGGAGAAGGGCUCCAAUGUUUCUUAGGAUUUUUUUUUCUAAGAUGGAAUUCAUCAUACCUGGAUGGUACCAAGAUCAACUGGGGGAAAAGCUCCAGUGUUUCUUUUUUUUCAAAGCUGGAAUUCAUCAAACCUGGAUGGUACCAACAUGAAUUAGAAGAAGGGCUCCAAUGUUUUUUAGGAAUUUUUUUUCUAAGAUGGAAUUUAUACCUGGAUGGUACCAAGAUGAACUGUUUGGGAGUCUUGUUUUUUCUUAACUGCCUUUUUGUGGGUGUGAUAAUUGACAAGAUCUCUGCAUAAGCCUUCACUGUUAUUAUUUUUUUUAAGCAAUUUUAGAUCCCUGAGUGCACUUUUUUCAAAUGCCCCUAACUUGGAAAAAAUAAAAUGAAAGAUAUCUCAUGUAAAUGUUGCAGUAUGAAUAGUUGUGUUGGCAAACUUUCCCCCACCCCCCACCCCCUAUUUCAGCACACCGCACAAAUCAGAACGUUUAGGGAGUGUGGAUAAAACCAACUUUUAUAACUUGUUGCUCAUUUGUUGUAACUCAAUAAAACAAAGACUAAACAUUUUUAUAA